AUGCCUUUUGAUUGGUGUGUCUUUGAUCCGCUCCGGUGCACAGGACACGGCGGGGUGAACCAGCUCGGCGGAGUCUUCAUCAACGGACGUCCGUUACCGCACGUGGUGAGGAAGGGCAUCGUGGAGCUCGCUCAGCGGGGAGUUCGUCCCUGUGAGAUCUCCCGCCGUCUGAGAGUCAGUCACGGCUGUGUCAGCAAAAUACUGUCCAGGUAUAAUGAAACAGGAAGCAUCAAACCAGGAAUGAUUGGAGGCUCGAAGCCCAAAGUGGCCACUCCCAGAGUCGUGCAAAGAAUCCUUCACCUGAAACACGACAACCCCACAAUGUUCGCCUGGGAGAUCCGAGACCGACUGAUGCUGGAGCGGGUGUGUGACCACAGCAGCGUUCCCAGCAUCAGCUCCAUCAACCGGAUCAUCAGGAACGGAGUCCAGCCUGAGUCCAGUGAAGCUGUGCCAUCAGCAGCAUCUGUUGCCAUGGGAGCAGCCUGUUCCUCCGAGUCCAGCUUUUCUAUCAGCGGGAUUCUGGGACUCAGAACACACACCAGCAAACAUAAAGAAGGAGGCGACGUCUCCCGCGGCGUGAACCACAACCAGCCAUGUUCCUGCUGUGAUACCUGGGAACAGUAUGACCCCUGCCUGACUUUUCACCCCAGCCUACCAGCUAAUCAUGAUCCAAAUCUAUUAGACCUUUCAUGCCAGUACUGUGGAGCAAGGCAGUAACAGAUCCGAGAAGAAAGAAUGUCCUCCUGUUGUUGCCAAAAAACAAAAUUAGAUUAAUUGAAAUUGUGUUCAUCACAGCAUCAAGGCAGAAUCACAAACAUGCUGAAAUAAAACUGAAAAGACAUGCCUCACGUUUCAUGUUUUAUUUACAUAAUUUGGAGCGUA